CUGCUCAGCCUCCCAAGCACCAGAACUGGAGUGUGACAAGAUCAGCUAUGCAGUGCGUGAACUCUCUCUCAGCCCGAGCCUGAUGCUAAAUCCUGACCAGCGCAAACCACACUUUGAAGGUCUGUCGGCGAGUCCUGCUGGGUCUGCUGGUUCUGCUGUUUGACUUGAAUGCAAGGAAAGCACAGCGCUCCAGAUGCCAUUUACUGAAGUGACCGUGAGCGAUAAGAGGACGCACCGAGUGACCAGAAAGUUGGCGAGUGGAAGAAACCAUUUCCUUUUGUUUGCCUUUUGAAGAACCUUGAUUGCUAAACAUUUCCGCCGCGCAAAGAAACUUGAGGGCUUUGUUCAAAGCAGACGUCUUUAUGGGAAGGAUCUUUGUCUUUUUCUAGAACAGUAUUCUGAUUUGAAUUGUAAGGACUAAAGCGAAAAACGAGAUAAAGCCCCCCUCCCAAAAAAAAGAAAGAAAGAAAGAAAGAAAGAAAGAAAGAAAGAAAGAAAGAAGGACAAAGUGUAAGGAUGGCAAAUUCAGGAUUUCAGCUCCUGGGCUACUUCUUGGCUCUGGGUGGAUGGAUCGGGAUCAUCUCGACCACGAUGCUGCCUCAGUGGAAGGUGUCGUCGUACUCAGGAGACGCCAUCAUCAUGGCAGUGGGGCUGUACGAGGGGCUGUGGAUGUCCUGUGCAUCCCAGAGUACAGGACAGGUGCAGUGCAAGCUGUUCGACUCGCUGCUGUCCCUCGACAUCCACAUUCAGACGUGCCGAGCUCUGAUGGUCAUAUCUGUACUGAUGGGCUUCAUGGGCAUUAUAGUGAGUGUAGUGGGCAUGAAGUGCACCAGGGUGGGCGACAACAAUCCUGCCACCAAGGGCAAGAUCGCUAUGGCGGGAGGAGGCCUCUUCCUACUCGCAGGUUUGUGUACGCUGUUGUCGGUCUCCUGGUACGCAGCGCAAGUCUCCGUUCACUUUUUCGAUCCAAACACACCUGUAAACGCCAAGUUUGAGUUUGGCUCCGCCUUGUUUAUAGGAUGGGCGGCGGCCUGCUUGGCGAUCCUGGGCGGCUCCUUCCUCUGCUGCUCCUGCGCUAAGGAGGCCCGAGGCGGGCAGCAAUACUACCGGCAAUCACAGCCCUCUUCUGCCAGGGAAGCAAAUGUUAAAAGUUCUCCACCAGACAAAGGGGAGCAGUUCUUGUAGUUUGGGAGAGGGCGACUCCGUUGGUCUCACGCUGGGUUAGAUUUUGGCAACUGACAAGACACUGUGUUGGUAAUAAAUAAGUGAAAUAAGUUACAAUUAAAGAGAAAUAAAUAAAUAAAUAAAUAAAUAAAUAAAUGAUCAUUUUAAUGUUAAUAAAGAAACAGAAAUGACGUACUACUGUUAUAAACCAUGUGUACUGUUUGCCAUCUUGUACAUGCUUCUGAAUGCAUUCUUAAAAAUGAAAAUAAAAUACAAAUAAAAAAAAUAUGACAUGGUAUUAUACUGUACAGGCCGAGUUGCUUUAUAUGAAACUGAAAAUGAAAAAAAGGCGACAUGGAGUGAGCCAAGCGUCGAGAUUGUGAAACUAAAAAGAAGAAAUAUGUUUUAUUUGUUUUGUUUUUUUGUAAUAUUAGUCCUCAGUUGUAUCUUUCAUGAGACUUGAUUCAGGGUACGUUGACGAUGCAUGUGAUCACUUAUGCAAGAUAUUCACUGUUGUUGUACUGUGUAGUGUAAUACUGUUUAAAUUCAUAACCAAGCUUUCACUCACAUUCGACUUUUUCUUUCUAAUCUGGACGAAACAGAAACGACUUUCAUUCAUGCAGUAUCCUUCAUUUCAGACGCCUUGUCCUCACUGCAAUGGCGUUUUAUUGUUUUGUUGCAUUAUUGUAAAGAAGCACUAUUUGGCACACACAUAGACGGCCCACACACACAUGCUUUUUACUGUUGUCUUAGUUUUGGUUUUAGGUUUUUUUUUUUUUUUGCUCUUUCUCUUUCAACACUUCGUGCAGAAAUGAUUUGUGGAGCUAAAUUUCGGAUUCCUGACUCACUGACUCGGGAGUUCAGUUCAGCUCACACUGACACGCACUCCUCUGCUCUUCUGCUCUUCUAGACGUCAUCCGUGUGAUGGCGCUUUGUUCGCUUGUAAUCAUAAAUCCUUUUGUUCUGGAUAUUUUCCAUCCAACGUGCCUCCUAAUAUUGAAAUAUGUAUCAUCUCAAAUAAAGUGUCUUCUGUUUUAUUUUCUGUUUUGAAAUGAAAUAAAAAAGAAACAUACAAAGAGAA